AUGAAGCGUCCCCGGGCUGGCCCUGCGCGUCCCGAAGGCCCAGGCGCGCGCCCCUCCCGGGCAGGCCCCGUCCUCCUGCUGCUGCUCGCGUCCCCUCUGCUGUCCGGCGCGCUGGCCGUCCUGGGCGCCGUCCCGCGCCUCAUCUGUGACAGCCGGGUGCUGGAGAGGUACAUCCUGGACGCCAAGGAGGCCGAGAACGCCACGAUGAGUUUUGGCGAGGGCUGCGGCCUCCGCGAGAAUUUCACCGUCCCGGACACCAAAGUGAACUUCCAUGCCUGGAAAAAUAUGGAGGUGGAGCAGCAGGCAGUGGAAGUAUGGCAGGGCCUGAGCCUGCUUUCAGACGCCAUCCUCAGGAGCCAGGCCCUGCUGGCCAACUCAUCCGAAGCACCCGGGGCCCUUCGUCUGCACUUGGCCAGGGCUGUGAGCAGCCUUCGCACCCUCACCUCGCUGCUGCGGCCACUGGGAGCCCAGCAGGAGGCCCGGUUGCACCUGCUGGCCCCCUCGGAGGCUCCGCUGCGUACGUUCACCGUGGAGUCUCUGUGCAAACUCUUCCGCAUCUACUCCAAUUUUCUCCGGGGCAAGCUGAAGCUGUAUGUCGGGGAGGCGUGCCGGAGGGUGGACAGGUGA